AGAGGGUUUAGGGUUUUGGUUCUUACUCUUUUCCUUUCCCAUCACACUACACCACACAGCUGCUUUCUUUGCUCAAUUGCUCUACAAUCUGAUACAGAAAGCCGACUAGAAAUGUCGCUGAGACCCGGACUCGUGAAACGCUUUCUAUCUACUUCAAUAUUUACUUCACAAUCCUCCUCUGCAGCCAUUGCUUCUGCCUCUGCCUCUGCUUCUGCUUCAGCCUCAGCCUCAGCCUCAGCCUCGCCUCCCUCAACGACCCUUUUUGUCUCUGGGCUUAACAAGAGAACAACGUCAGAGAAACUUCAAGAAGCAUUCUCUAAAUUUGGUGAAGUUGUUCAUGCAAGGGUGGUGACAGACCGUGCUUCAGGAUACUCAAAGGGAUUUGGGUUUGUGAAUUAUGCCACCUUAGAAGAUGCAGAGAAAGGAAUGAAAGGGAUGGAUGCACAGUUUCUCGAUGGAUGGGUAAUUUUUGCUGAAUACGCUAGACCAAGAACUCCUCCAGGACAGUCAGCAUAUCCAGAAACAAACAAACAUAUUGGCUGAUAGUCAAUUAAACCAGUUAUUAGAUCGGGAGGUAUACCAGCAUUUGAAAGGUGAAUUUGCUGUUUAUGAUAUCUGGUUUUGGCUUAGGACAUUUGUGGGUGGAAAAGUGUAAACAAGUGCUUCCAUUGGCGGAGUGGUUGAUGACCCGCCAUUAAGAUUUUUUAUAUUUCUAUGCAUACCAUGUCAUUAGUCAUUACACACUCAUAUGUAUGGAUUACUAUACAAUCUUUAACUCUGUAAAAAAUACUUGGGAAAAUUAUAUUUUAAACCUACUUCUUUUUCUAUCUUUUAA